AUGCGACCAAAGAAGUUAUCCCCGAAGUUCGUCGGACCCUAUCAAAUACUGAGGAAGAUCGGACCAGUGGCGUACGAAUUAUCUUUACCUCCUCAACUGUCCAACCUUCAUCCCGUCUUCCACGUUUCCCAACUUCGGAAGUACAUAGCCGACCCAUCUCACAUACUGGAGUUGGAAGACGUUCGUCUUCGCCAAGACCGAACGCUGGAGAUGCAGCCGGUACACAUUGAAGACAGUGACACCAAAUACUACAAGAGAAAAGCUAUCAGAAUGGUGAAGGUAGUGUGGGAUGAAAAGACGGGCGACACUACUUGGGAAGUGGAGGAUGCCAUGAGAGACUUAAACCAUAGAAGUACUCCCGACGCCGUGAGCUUCAAUUUGGACCGAACAGAUCCAGAUUCUGAAACUGAAGGCGAGGCAUUGCUAGAAGAUGUAAUUGAAGAGGAGAAUCUGGUAGACGUGGAAGUCAAGGCUGAGCCUUAG